AUGUGGCUAUUUAUUAUCGCCGUAAUAUUUGGUCAUGUUUUACAACAAGAAUUUGUUGAAAGUUGGCCUGAUCCAUAUUUACGUUCAAAAGGUGCCAUUUGGCCACAACCGCAAUAUAUUACAAUAGUUGACGAAUUGAUGACAGUUAAUUUAGAAACGUUCACUUUCCUUUCAACUGUUGGAGAAUGCGAAAUUAUCGAUAAAGCUAUCACUCGUUAUUAUAAACGCUUACGUGGUAAAAUAGAAUUUAAUGGAUCAAAAAACAUGAAACGACAAAGUAUUAAAGCAAUGGAUGACCAGGUUCUCAGCAAUUUGACAAUAAUAGUGAAAGAAGGGUGCACUGAUCGAUUUCCACAAUUUGGUAUGGAUGAGAGUUAUAAAUUGAACAUUACGAGUAGUGAUGGCAUUUUGAGAGCUAAUCAGGUUUGGGGCGCUCUACGAGGAAUGGAAUCAUUUGCGCAACUAUUUUUCGAUAACAAUGCCAAAAUACGAAAAGUUCUUAUCAACGAUUAUCCACGCUUUUUGCAUCGUGGAGUCUUAUUGGAUACAGCCAGAUGA